AACUCUAUAGAAGAACAACAAGAGCAUCUGCAAUAUCGAUUCUAUUACUGAUUCCAAAAAUUUUGACACUCCAAUAAAAAAAAAGUUUUUUCUGUGAUCAUGUGACGUUGGGCUGUUGAGCUUUUUGCGUUGGAAAUUUUCAGAAAACACGAGGGGCACCGCUCAUUUUCUCGAUCAGUUCCUUUGACACUUGACAUGUACCAACGUGAGCAAAAUUCGUCGCUAUUCCUCGGUGGAGAGCGUACCACCGGCCAGGAUGUUCGUGCAGGCAACGUGCUUGCCGCGGCAUCUAUCGCCAAUAUCGUCAAAAGCUCCUUGGGUCCCGUCGGUCUCGACAAGAUGAUGGUCGACGAAAUCGGUGAUGUCACCAUCAGUAACGAUGGCGCAACCAUUUUGCAAUUGCUCGAAGUGGAGCAUCCUGCGGGUAAAGUUCUUGUCGAGUUGGCUCAGCAACAGGACCGUGAAGUCGGUGACGGUACCACGUCGGUCGUUAUUAUUGCUGCCGAACUGUUAAAACGCGCCAAUGAGCUUGUUAAGAACAAGAUUCAUCCCACCACCAUCAUCACCGGUUACCGAUUAGCAUCCAAAGUGGCUUGCAAGUUCAUUGCCGAUCAGAUGGCCGUCAAAGUCGACGCUCUUGGAAAGGAAUGUCUCAUCAACGCUGCCAAAACUUCCAUGAGCAGCAAAAUCAUCGGAUCUGAUUCCGAUUUCUUCUCCAACUUGGCUGUGGAAGCUAUGCUUGCUGUCAAGACCACCAAUGUUCGUGGUGAGACCAAAUACCCUGUCAAAGCUGUCAAUAUCUUGAAGGCCCACGGCAAGUCCGGUCGUGAAUCCAUCUUUGUCCGUGGUUAUGCACUCAACUGUACUGUGGCAUCGCAAGCCAUGAAGACUCGCGUUCAGAAUGCAAAGAUUGCAUGUCUUGAUAUGAACCUUCAAAAGGCUAGAAUGCAUCUCGGUGUCAACAUCGUUGUCGAUGAUCCCGACAAGUUGGAAGAUAUCAGAAAGAGAGAAAUCGAAAUCACCACUGAACGUAUCAAGAAGAUCUUGGCUACCGGAGCCAAUGUUAUUCUCACUACGAAGGGUAUUGAUGACUUGUGUCUUAAGUUGUUCGUAGAAGCCGGUGCAAUGGCCGUUCGUCGUUGUAAGAAGGAGGAUUUGAAGCGUAUUGCUAAAGCCACAGGAGCUACUCUCAUUUCCACUCUUGCUAACCUUGACGGUGAAGAAACUUAUGAAGCGUCUUAUCUCGGUCAAGCGGAGGAAGUCGUUCAAGAGCGCAUCUCCGAUGAUGAAUGUAUUUUGGUCAAAGGCACCAAGAGCCAGACAGCCGCUUCUAUUAUCUUGCGUGGUGCUAACGAUUACAUGUUGGACGAGAUGGAGAGAGCCCUUCACGAUUCUCUGUGCGUGGUCAAGCGAACUUUGGAAAGCAACAGCGUGGUUCCCGGUGGUGGUGCUGUUGAAUCCGCAUUGAGCAUAUACCUUGAAAACUUUGCCACCAGUGUUGCUUCACGUGAACAGUUGGCGAUUGCCGAAUAUGCAAAUGCUCUUUUGGUGAUUCCCAAGACAUUGGCUGUCAAUGCUGCUAAAGAUUCAACCGAACUCGUAGCUAAAUUACGGGCCUACCACAACGCUGCUCUGAACGAUCAAGCCGACGAACGUAAGCGUGCAUUGAAAUAUUAUGGUUUGGAACUGGUCAAUGGUGUUGUCCGAGAUAACUUGCAUGCCGGUGUUUUGGAACCGGCCAUGUCCAAGAUCAAGUCUUUGAAGAGUGCAACCGAAGCCGCUAUUGCUAUCCUGAGAAUUGAUGAUUUGAUUAAAGUCACUCCUACACCUCAAGGUAAUCCUGGAGAUGACGGUCACGGCCAUUAGAAACAAACCAUUUCGGAAAGAAAAAAAAACCCCCAUCACCCAAAAAUGCCUAAUGCUCAUGUAGCAUUUUAUUUUUUUUGAAUAU